AUGGUUUUACGUCAUGCAUCAGAAAGGUUUCGUCUUGCUUAUGAAAUACCAUUAGAAGAAGAUGAAUCGUUUGGUGUAUUUGCACAAUUUCUUAAUGUAACUGUUGAUCAACUUGAUGAAAAUUCAUAUCGAUCUGAUAUAUUGGCUAAAUAUGAUUUAUGGAGAAAAAAACAAUCAAAUCAAACUUCUGAUAAAUUAUAUGAUUAUCAAGAUGUAAAUGAAUCAUUUUAUGAUAAUGACUUAAAUGAAGAUGAUACAUCUGAUUACUAUGAUGAUAAAAAUUCACAAUCAUCAUCAAUUUAUCAAUGGCAUCGUGAUCAACAUUUUGAUAUUAAAAAUUUAAUAACAAAAUAUGUUGAUGAUAAAAUAAUUAAUAUUACUGUAAUGGAUUUUGUUAAAAAUUUACCACAAAUUAAUAGAAAUAAUUAUCAAGCAAAUCGUUUACCUUUUGAAAUGCUUCGAUCAUAUGCUUAUCUAAUUGAAGAAAACUAUCGUGGUCGAUUAGGUACUUACAUUUGA